AUGAAGAAUUCCUGCAUCACCAUACUGAGGCUGCUGCUGUGGGGGCCCUUUCUCUUCGCGCCGGCCUCGAGCUACAACCUGGACGUGCGACAUGUGCAGAACUUCUCCGUCCCACGCGCCGGGAGGCACUUUGGGUACCGCGUCCUGCAGGUGGGAAACGGGGUUGUUGUGGGAGCUCCAGGUGAGGGGAACAGCACAGGAAACCUCUAUCAGUGCCAGCCUGGCACAGGGCACUGCCAACCAGUCCGUCUGAGUGGUUCCAACUCUACUUCCAAGUACCUGGGAAUGACCUUAGCAACAGACCCCACAGAUGGAAGCCUUUUGGCCUGUGACCCUGGGCUGUCUCGGACAUGUGACCAGAAUAAAUAUCUGAGUGGCCUGUGUUAUCUCUUCCACCAGAAUCUGGGGGGCCCUGUGCGGCAAGGCCACCCUGGUUAUCAGGAAUGUAUAAAGGGCAACGUAGACCUGGUAUUUCUGUUUGAUGGCUCAAUGAGCCUGAAAUCAGAUGAAUUUCAGAAAAUUGUGGACUUCAUGAAGGAAGUGAUGAAGAAACUCAGCAACUCUUCCUACCAGUUUGCUGCUGUUCAGUUUUCAACGAGCUACAAAGCAGAAUUUAAUUUCUUGGAUUAUGUUAGACUAAAGGACCCUGAUGUUCUGCUAGCCAACACAACACACAUGCGCCUGUUGACCAACACCUUUGGUGCCAUCAACUAUGUCAUGACAAACGUGUUCCGGCAAGAGCUGGGGGCCCGGCCAGAUGCCACCAAAGUGCUCAUCAUCAUCACUGAUGGGGAGGCCACUGACAACGGCAGCAUUGAGGCGGCCAAGGACGUCAUCCGCUACAUCAUAGGGAUCGGAAGGCAUUUUAGGACCAAGGCGAGUCAGGAGACACUCCACAAAUUUGCCUCAGAACCCGCUAAGGAAUUUGUAAAGAUUCUGGACACAUUUGAGAAGCUUAAAGAUCUAUUCACUGAGCUGCAAAAGAAGAUUUACGUCAUUGAGGGCACAAGCAAACAGGACCUGACAUCCUUCAACAUGGAGCUGUCCUCCAGCGGCAUCAGCGCUGACCUCAGUCGGGGCCAUGCAGUCGUGGGGGCAGUUGGAGCCAAGGACUGGGCUGGGGGCUUUCUAGACCUGACGGUGGACCUGCAGGAAGAUGCAUUUGUUGGAAAUGAACCACUGACACCAGAAGUGAAAGAGGGAUAUUUGGGUUAUGCAGUGACCUGGCUGCCCUCCCGAGGACACGCAGCACUGCUGGCAGCUGGAGCCCCCCGAUACCAGCACGUGGGGCGGGUGAUGCUGUUCCAAGAGCCACAGGGCAGCAGAAACUGGAGCCAGGUCCAGAAAAUAGAUGGGGUCCAGAUUGGCUCUUAUUUUGGUGGGGAGCUAUGUGGCAUUGACAUGGACCAAGAUGGGGAGACAGAGCUGCUGCUGAUUGGAGCCCCCCUGUUCUAUGGGGAGCAGAGAGGAGGCCGGGUGUUCAUCUACCAGAGAAAAGAGCUGAGGUUCGAGGUGGUCUCAGAACUGCAGGGGGAUCCUGGCUACCCCCUUGGGCGGUUUGGAGCAGCUAUCACUGCCCUGGCAGACCUCAACGGGGAUGGGCUGGUGGACUUGGCCGUGGGAGCCCCUCUGGAGGAGCAGGGGGCUGUGUACAUCUUCAAUGGGCGGCCCGGUGGGCUCGGCCCCCGGCCAAGUCAGCGGAUAGAAGGGACCCAGGUGUUCUCAGGAAUUCGGUGGUUCGGACGCUCCAUCCACGGGGUGAAGGACCUUGGAGGGGAUGGCCUGCCAGACGUGGCUGUGGGGGCUGAGGGUCAGGUGAUCAUGCUGAGCUCCCGGCCCGUGGUGGAUGUCAUCACUCAGAUGUCCUUUUCCCCAGCCGAGAUCCCAGUGCACGAAGUGGAGUGCUCAUAUUCCACCAGUAACAGGAGGAAGGAAGGCGUUAAUAUCACCGUCUGCUUCCAGGUCCAGUCCCUCAUCCCCCAGUUCGAAGGCCGCCUGGUUGCCAAUCUCACUUACACUCUGCAGCUGGAUGGUCAUCGGACCAGAAGCCGGGGGUUCUUCCCAGGAGGGAGCCAUGAACUCAGCGGGAACACAGCUGUCACCCCAGAUAGGUCCUGCACUAAGUUCUGGUUUCACUUCCCGAUGUGCAUUCAAGACCUCAUCUCCCCCAUCAACGUCUCCCUGAAUUUCUCUCUUUGGGAGGAAGAAGAGACGCUGAGGGACCAAAACGCACAGGGGAGGGACAUGCAGCCCAUCCUGAGACCCUCACCACACUUGGAGACCAAGGAGGUCCCUUUUGAGAAGAACUGCGGGGAGGACAAGAAAUGCGAGGCAAACCUGGAGCUGUCCUUCUCUCCAGCAAGAUCCAGAGUCCUGCGUCUGACCCCCUCUGCCAGCCUGUCUGUGGAACUGACCCUGAGUAACUUAGGAGAAGAUGCUUACUGGGUCCAGCUAGACCUGAACUUCACCCGGGGACUCUCCUUCCGCAAGGUGGAGAUGCUCAAGCCCCACAACCAGAUGCCUGUGAGCUGCGAGGAGCUUCCUGAGGAGUCUGGGCUUCUGAUGAGGACACUCUCUUGCAAUGUGAGCUCUCCCAUCUUUAAGGCAGGCAGCUCGGUUGUUAUCCAGGUGAUGUUUAAUACUCUGCUGAACAGCUUCUGGGGGGACUUGAUCGAGCUGCACGCCGCUGUGGAAUGUGACAAUGAGGAUUCAGGCCUCCUGGAGGACAACUCUGCUGCUACCAGCAUCCCAGUCCUGUACCCCAUCAACAUCCUCAUCGAGGACCAGGAAAACUCCACACUCUAUAUCAGUUUCACCCCUAAAGGUCCCAAGAUACACCAAGUCAAGCACAUCUACCAGGUGAGGAUUCAGACUUCCAUCCAUGACCACAACGUGCCCGCCCUGGAGGCCUUGAUCAGGGUGCCACAGCCUCACAGUGGGGGGCCCAUCAUGCAUACAUGGAGUGUGCAGAUGGAGCCUCCUGUCCCCUGCCAUCAUGAGGAUCUAAAAAGGGUGCCCAGUGAGGCUGAGCCUUGUCUCCCCGGAGCUGAGUUCCACUGCCCAGUUGUCUUCAAGCAGGAGAGCCUCAUCGAAGUGGUCGGGACCGUGGAGCUGGUGGGAGAGAUCGAGGCCUCCUCCAUGUUCAGCCUCUGCAGUUCCCUCUCCAUCUCCUUCAACAGCAGCAAGCAUUUCCACCUCUACGGCAGCAACGCCUCCCUGGCCCAGGUCGUGAUGAAGGUUGAUGUGGUGUAUGAGAAGGAGAUGCUGCACCUCUACGUGUUGAGUGGCGUUGGGGGGCUGCUGCUCCUGCUGCUGAUCUUCAUCGCGCUCUACAAGGUUGGCUUCUUCAAACGGAACCUGAAGGAGAAGAUGGAUGCUGAUGGCGGUGUCCCAAAUGGAAUCCCUGGAGAAGACUCUGGGCAGCUGGCAUCUGGGGAAGAGGCCAUGGAUCCGGGCUGUCUGGAACCCCUCCACGGGGAGGAGGGCCAGGACGAAGGUGGCAAGGACUGAGGCCCAGGCCCAGGCACAGAGGGCCCAAGACUGGACUCAGGAUGCUGGGGUGGUCUGCCUCGACCUUCAUUUCACUGUGUGUCCUCAGACAAAUCACUGCCCCUCCCUGGGCCUCCGUUUCCCUAUUUGAAUAUGGAAUUCAUUCCUGCCUGCCUCCUUUGCAGGCUCAUGGUGAAAAUCUGCUGAGGGAUGGGCCAGGAAGGCUACAGAAUGUGGCCUUGUAAUUAUCAGAUGGUCCUGGCUUCCACCAGCCUCUCUUAGUUUCCUGCCCUGGAAGAGAACAUCUGAUCUGAACUUGAAGAAACUGUAGUCUCAGGACCUAGUGACACUCUCGGCCCUCACACCUACCCUUGGGUGUCCACAAGUGCCUCAGACCCCCACACCCAUCCCUGCACUGUCCCCUGCCUGGAGUCCAGUCAGCUUUCUAUUCUGCUGCCAGAGAGCAAAUCUGACCCGUGUCACUACAUAGCUAUUGCAGGCGCCUUGCUGUUUGGCCAAAGACCAAAUUCCUUAAUAUGCCUUCCAAGACCCUGCGAGAUUGGGCUCUGUGGCCUUCCCAAGCCUCUUCUAGAGACAUCCCACCUCAUUGCUUCUCAAGAGCCAUACACCCCACCCACUCACACCCCACCCCACACCCUCCGUGCCUGGAACAUUCCUCCCUGCUCUGCUUUCCCGGCUUGCUCUCACUCAGCCCUCAGGCCUCAGCUCACAUGUCAGUUUCCUCGGAUCAGCCCUGACCCCGACUCACUUGGGUUCCCACAUUGUACACACCUCCUCCAGCCUGCACUCGUCCCACUCAGCACGGGUCAUAUUUGUUCACCGUUUAAUGAUUGACUUCAUAUCUGUCUCUCAAACAGUGCACCCUACGGGGUAGGAACAUACCUGUCUUGCACCUAGAGAUCUCUGGUGAUAUCACAAGGGCCAGGCACAUGCUUCAAAAAGUUCAUGGAAAAAUGGGAUUGAAAGAUAAGAUGGGUCUUUCCACAAACUUUCUGAAGUACCCUUGUAGUGGGUGCUUCACAUAAUGUCAUUGGUUUAAUCUCAGAGCCUGUGGGAAGAUAAGGAACAGCUCAGUCUUCCCAGACCCUGCCUUCCCCUGGCGCUCAGCCUCUCCCAGGACUACACACCUGGUUCAGGGGCCCCAUGGGGAG